AGCGGGCAGAGCGUACCCGAUUUAGGGUGAAGUGAAAUCGCAGCCUUAAUAUAAAAGAGCUGAGAAAAGAGGUAUUUCUCACAGUGUAUAUUAUUGAGAUUAGCUUCUUGGCCUUCAAUCAAACACUGCUCUCCAGAAACACAACAGAUUAAUUUUUGGGCAUUAUUGGGGUGAUAUUCAGUUUAUUUGUUGGAUGAGAAGAUCUGCGACACAAAACAAUCAUGGCAGACAAUACUGAAAUUGAUGACCGUGUGGAUCUUGAUGAUGAAAAUUAUUCCGAGGAAGAUGAAGAACCAGAACUGAUAGAAGAUGAAGGAGCUGGAGAAGUCAAUGAUGAAAAUGGCGAAGAACAAUCAUAUGAUUCCGGAGGUGGAGAUAGUGGGAGAGAGCAGUCUCCAGAAGAAGCAGAUAUGGGCGACGUUCCGGAGCCUGCUGCAGAUGAAGAAAAAGCUAGUGCUUCUCUUACUGAAGAAGAGCAAAAGGAGCAUGCUGAACUUCUAGCUCUCCCUCCACAUGGCUCUGAGGUUUUCAUUGGUGGGAUUCCUCGAGAUGUUACUGAGGAAGACUUAAGGGAUCUCUGUGAACCACUCGGCGAAAUACAUGAGGUCAGAGUCAUGAGAAAUAGGGAUACUGGUGAAAGCAAGGGUUUUGCCUUUGUAGCAUUCACAACAAAGGAUGAGGCACAAAAGGCUAUUGAAGAAUUGCAUAACAAAGAAUACAAGGGAAAAACCAUAAGGUGUUCACUAUCAGAAACUAAAUACAGAUUGUUCAUUGGUAAUGUACCAAAGAGCUGGUCUGAUGAUGAAUUCAGAAAAGUCAUUGAUGAGACUGGUCCUGGUGCAGAAUUAAUAGAACUCAUAAAGGAUCCUCAAAACCCGGCACGUAAUAGGGGUUUUGCUUUUGUUGAAUAUUACAAUAAUGUCUGUGCGGAUUACUCUCGGAAAAAAAUGGCAAGUGCAAACUUUAAGCUGGAGGGAAAUUCACCAACCGUCACCUGGGCCGAUCCAAAGAUUACACCGGAUCAUUCUGGUCCCGCUUCUCAGGUUAAAGCACUUUAUGUGAAGAACAUUCCAGAAAACACACCCACUGAUCAAUUGAAGGAAUUAUUCCAACGCCAUGGCGAAGUUACCAGAGUUGUUAUGCCGCCAGCCAAGCCUGGUGGUAAAAGAGACUUUGGAUUUGUCCAUUAUGCAGAAAGGUCAAGCGCUCUGAAAGCUGUUAAAGACGCUGAAACAUAUGAAGUUAAUGGUCAGGUGUUAGAAGUAGUUCUUGCAAAACCUCAGACUGAAAAGAAGUUUGAUGCAGCCAGUCCUCACAAUGCAUUACCCCAUCCUAAUUAUAUUCCCCAUCCAGGAUAUGGUGCAUAUCCAGUGAAUCCGUAUGGUGGACCUCUAACUGCUGGUUAUGGUGCUGCUGCUGCGUUCCAACAGCAGCCUAUGAUAUAUGGUAGAGGACCGAUGCCAACAGGUAUGCAAAUGGUGCCAAUGGUUCUACCAGAUGGUCAGAUCGGCUACGUUCUCCAGCAGCCAGGAGUUCAAGCACCACCUGUUCGGCCUCGGAGGAAUGACCACAGGAGCAAUGGUGCUGGUGGACCACAAGGACGAGGAGGAUCCAGUGGGAGCGGAGAUGAUUCCAACCGGGGUAGACGUUAUCGACCAUACUAGAACGGUCAAAUGUUGUAGUUGAUGGUACUUGUUACUUGCAUUGAAUGCCAGACCAGUAACCUAGGACAUAUGUUUCCUAUUCCCUCUUUAUUUUAAAAAAGAAAAUGAAGCUAAAAAUGUUAGACCAAUCUCAGCAACUUAAUGUGCAUUGCAACUAAACAAGGAUGUUGGGGAUGCUUUUGGGUGUUCCAUAAUCUUGCCUGCUGGACUUUUAGUUCAUAAAUUUGCUUCUCCAAUGUUGGGGUGAAUGUUCAUGAAAUGUUGAGAUGAAUGCUUUGAGUUUUUGUAGUUU